AUGCCCGCCAUCAUCCAAAUGUUUUCCACCUUUUUCAAUCUCGUCGCUUCCCCGAGCCCCAAACUCGCCCUCGUUCCCUCUGCACCGACGCAACAAACACCCCCGCUGGCCUCGACGGAUCCACCACGCAAACGGACCAUGUCCUCAUUGUCGACGACCAGAAUCCGUCCGAGCGAUGGGGAUCAGCAGCUAAAACACGGCUUGUCCGAAAGAAGAAGAUCCACCUCUUUCUCCAGUCCAAGCAACGAUUCGGCAGUGCACGUUUCGUCGGAGAAUCGAUAUCCAGAGAAAGAGGAUCCCGGAAAGGACAAGUCGGCGGAUACGCUACGCACGGCUGUGGUCGAUAUGAGAGGUUCGUCCAAGAAGGGUGUCAAGCGGAAGCGUUCUGCUGCGUCGAGUGCGAGCGAUGCCUCUGCCAAAUUGUCCAAGCGGCUCAGCGGGUUGACGUCUCGAGCCACCAAGAAGCAACACACGUCCGCCACGCCUUCCUCCAACGAAAGCCUUGAUUCAUCUGCUCAGAUGGUUCAAGAAGAGCCGGAACCCGUUCGACCCGUAUUACCGGACGAAAACGACAUUCAUGGUGCGUUGCGCGUGGGUGGCAAACGGCUCGUAGGCUAUUCACUCGAUACGGACGAUUUAUCAGAGGAUAAACCUGACGACUGUAUCAUAUCUAUUCCCUCGAUCCUACAGCUGCUUUCCGGUGAACCAGCUCCGUUUUCUCCUUCCAAUUCUAUUGGUGCGGUCAAGAGAAAGUCUGGUACUGUUCUCUACCAUAUGUGGUUCGCUUGCCGGAGCGCGUGUAUCAAAUAUCCGUUUGGAGAAAAGGCAAAGUAUGAGUCGGGAAUCCGAGAGCGUCGAAUCUAUCACGCUCUCCAGGUAUUUAUUGCUCUCGUCGGUCUAGACGCACUGGAUAGGCUCCCAUCGACCGGUUACCUUCAUGUACCGGUCGACCCUCGACUAUCCAACAAUGCUGUGCAGAUGGUUGAUAAUGUGAUCCGUCUCCAUCAAGCAUUUCAAGGAGUCGGCAUUCCCCUUAAUAGAAUCAUUAUAGAUAUCCCAGCAACGAAUGCAGGCAUUCUUGCUGGACGGUACAUCAGUACAGAGCUGCGCCAACUAGUCAAUUAUACCAUGGUCUGCGAACUAGGUCAAGCGGCAGCGUGUCUCAAGGUUGUCCCGUAUGGACUCUCCAUCUCCAAGCGUAUUAUGAAAGCAGCAGAUAUAGAGCGAUCACGCACCGUUGGAACAUCCCUCCUCUUCAACUACAUGGAGCAAUCAGCAGAAGAAAGCACCGACGCGAUUGCUCGUCUGGUCGCACUGGCGGGCCGAGAUGUCUUGGUUUCUAUUCGCGAUCUCGAUACACGCGAGUCCGUAGCGACGACUUCGUCGUUUGGAGCCGUUUCGUUGAUCCAACCUCUGGUCGUCCAACUCCGGUGGCAUGCCCAUCGAUUCUCCCUCGGUUCGCCACUCAUGGACAUCGACGUUGGUGCCUCUAAACACGCGCUUUACGCCGACCUGUCAGAUGGGCAAAAGAAAAAGGCAGAUGCAGCUGCGAGGGCGUCGUAUUUGACCCUUUUGUCAAAACAGAUUGCAUCUACGUCGACAGACUCGAAAGGCACAUCCGAGCAGAGUGUGGACGAGGUAUGCAAGAUCAAGAUUCGAGAAAAGGUGCAAAAGGAAAUGGCCGUCAUCCCACGACUUCAACGCCGCUACGUGGACGCGACGUGGUUGACGUCGACUGGCCUCGAAGACUCAAUCACCAUUUCCGACUCCAUGUCCUGGGCAGCCUUUGCGCUCUCCUCUUCCGAUGUGGACAAUCGACUGCACUCCAAGGCUGUCAACCAAUUGCUCCAACCACGAAAUGCAGGGACACGCGGGUUUCCGGUCCUCGCUGGUCGGUACAUGGCAAGUCCGACGAGAAAGGCGAUGGAAAGUUUGCUCGACGAAGAGUGCGGUGCAUUCUUCCGGUUGCAUGUGCUGGUCCGACAGUACCUCGAGGCCCGGUUUAUGCCCAAGGGACUGUGGGAUGAGUUGAUGAAAGAGGCAGCGGGUGAAGGGACUGAGGAACAAUAA